AUGAAUUAUUUAAAAAAUGCUGAUUUCUUUGGUGUCCCAUUUUUACAAAAUAUAAAUCAGUAAACAUUACAUAAAAGUGCAUUAGGAGGAUGUUUAAGCAUAUUAAUAAGUGCAACAAGUUUUGCUUACACGUUUUGGGUAUUUUAUUUAUGGCACAAUAACUAAAUGAGUCCAAAAAUUUCUAAUUCAAAGUAUAUUUCAGAUUAUUCUAUUCUCAACUUCAACUCAGCCAAAAUUAGUGUUUACGCUGAAGUUUAUGAGGGACUUGUAGACCCUUUUAAAUCUAGAAUUUUAUUACCUUUAGUAAUGUAUACUGAUAAUUUCUUUCAUACAGAACCAAUAAUUAUUGAAAAUUACACAGAAUCUUCUUAUGGAAAUUUGUAUAUACCAAAUCUUGAUUUGGGUUAUAGUUUUAUUGAUGGGUAUUUACAGACAUCAAAGUAAAUGUUCAUAUUCAUUUCACUUUGUGAAGAGAAGUAUUUGAAAGAAAAUGAAAAAUGUGCUUCAGCUGAAUUAAGAGAAUAAUUUUUUUAACAAAAGAUAAAUUAUUUCGGUGUAUAAAUAGAAUCAACAACAUUGGAUUCUAGAGAUGGAUCGGAAUAAACUACAAUUUAAGAUAUUUAUAUUGAACUUGAAUAAUAGAUUUGCUAUUCAUUAAAUACAUUUCUUGAAACAAAUUAUUAUGAACUGUAAGAUUAUUUAUUAUUUGGAACAUCUAAAUAAAAGGAAUAUAUUAGUGGAGCAAAAGUAUAAACUCAAUCUCUUUCAUCAAAAAGAUGUAAAUAAACCUAUAAUAAUGAUGCAUUGGCUGUAAUCUAUGUUGAAAUGAACGGAACUUAAACAAAAACAAUAUUUGAAUAUCCACAUUUAGGAGAUCUUUUAGCAAACAUCGGAUCUAUUGUAUCAAUUUUGUUUAUAUUUAAAUAUCUUACUAUGUAUGUAAAUCAAUAUUCUUUAAAUUAAAAAGUAUUAUCUGAUUUGAUAAAUAUGUAUUAUCCAGAAUUUAAAAAUAUUAAAAUCAUAUAGAAUUGGAGAUUUAAGGUAAUAAAAAUUACUUUCAAUCAUAAUUAAAUAGAUUAAAUAGAAUAUUAUAAAAUUUAUGAUAAGAUUAAAAAGUAAAUGCAAUAGAAGCUAUGUUACAUGAAUUUAUUAUAUGAAAUAUCAAGAUUAUAUCUAAUAAUAAGAUCUUCCAAAUUAAGAGAAGAACUAUUAAAAUCUCAUUAAAUUGGAAUUAAAUUAAAUCUUCCAACUAUAAAAGAAGAUAAUUAUCUUUCUAAUUCCAAGUCUGCUCAUAAAUUUCAUUCAUUAGUAGAACCUUUUCUUUUAAAUGAGGAUGAUGCUGAACUUUUAUCACUUGCAAAAAGAGCAAAACAAAAAGAUUUUGAUGCAAUUCCUGAAGAAAUUUAUAAUGAAGCUGAUUAUUUUUUUCUAAAUAAAAUUAUUUGA